AUGGACGCUGGACUCGCUCAUCUCGUCAGCUGGAGCGAGUCCACAAAGGGCAAUGUCCCUCCUCCUCUCACCGGACCAUCCGUCACCAUCUCACCACUUCCAGCACCCCAUCCACCCACUGUCUUCUUAUUUGGUGGUAAAUCAGUGAAAACUCGUCGACUGACAUCAGAGAUGUGGGCGAUGAAUUUGAAGACUAGAUUAUGGGAAAGGGUAGAUGCGGGUGAAGGUCCCGGUCCGAGGUACUUCCAUUCUAUGGAUGUCUGGGAAGACAAACUCGUAUGUUUCGGCGGGAUGUCCGAUUCUGAUCCCAUGUCAGUACAUAACGAUAUAUGGUUCUUCGACUGUCCAUCAAGACGAUGGUUACCCCAACCCAAUCCUUCAUCAAGUGUGAUAGGUUUGGGAAUCUCCUCGCCUUCGCAUCAUACUCCACAGGAUCCAUCCCUGAUACCUUCGGCGAGAUAUGCCCAUCUUAGUGCAGUAUCAAGAGGUAAAUUGGUCAUUUCGGGUGGGCAGCAUUCGGAUAACUCGUGGAUUUACGAGAUCAACGUAUAUGAUCUGAAGAAGAAAGUUUGGGAGUCCAAGACAGCUCAACCUGAAUCGGCGGGUCACCACUCAAAAGGUGCUUACCGAAGUGUAGCUACUAGUUCAAAGAAAAGAGUAGUACAACCUCAGCCAACUUCGGAGCUCAAGAGCUCCUCUCAUAGCUAUUCAAUCGAUGAAGAAGGAGAAGGAGGAGAUGUAUGGUGUUACUCCAAUUAUGAUUUCGCCAAAGUCCGACGUGAAUUCGAUGUUCUCUCCCCCGACAACCUUAGCCCACCUGUCCCAUCCAGCAAACAAGUCCCACCACCUUCUUUCAACCUUCGCGAUGACUCGGAUGCUAUGCGAGGUCAGCAUCAGCCCCCUGGUCUACGAUUCCCCACGGGUGGUAUAGUAGGAAAUCACUUCAUCCUAUGUGGUCUGUAUCUCGCCUCCUCCUCUGCCGCCUUCUCCAUCUGGGCUCUCAACCUGGACAACAUGGUAUGGCGACAUCUCGAACCCAACGUGCUCGAUACGGGAAGUUGGAACCGUGCGGUAAUCUGGCCUGAGAUGGCAAAGAUCUUGGUAUUUGGUAACAGCGAAUUGGACUUGGCUGCCGAUUACAGUCGUCGAGCUGUCAACCUCGAUCAUAUCGCCGUCAUCUCCCUGGAAGCUUUCGGCAUCUAUCAACCGCCCAAUCUCGAGAUACCCGCCAAAAUACAACAAGCCGGAUUGACCAUGUUAGAUGAGAAGCUGGCUUCCAAUUUCGAAGUUAUUUGCGAUGAUGGACGAAGGAUCAAGUGCUCUCGACAGAUCUUGUCCGAGCGAUGGCCCUGGUUCGCCGAACAGGAACGAGCUCUAGCCGACAAAGCUGCCGGUGUCCUUGCAGCUGCACCGGCGGUCGAUAUCAACGAUACUCUCCUUGGAUCGUUCACUCCCGCUCGAUUGGCUCCCACCAAUCUCACAAUACCGGAGCCUUUCCCAGUAUGUGUGGCUCUGGUACAGUACUUCUACACCUUGACCUUGUCGACUGCAUUGCAAAAUCGGGCACCUGUCCUCUCAGCUUUGCUAUUCCUUGCCAAGCAAUACAACAUUGAUCGCCUGAACAGACUGGUAGUUCAUGCCCUACAUGAAAGGUUAGAACCCAGCAUCGCUGUCGGUAUAUAUGAGAUUGCUACUUUAGCCGGUGAACAAUGCCUUCAAGUUAGAGCAUUGAACAUGAUCCACAUGGCUAAGAAUGCUGCUGCUCGAUCUCAACGUUCUAAUCAAGGUCCAGCCAGCUCUCAGGCUUCUGAUAGCGGUAGUUCCAUUGGUCAACCAAAUGUCACGCCCAGUGGCACGUAUCAUCCCUCUUCGGACGCUUCUAACCCCUCGACUGCUCCUCGUGGCGGUCCUAGCGAUGAUACUCCUCAUCGACGAGCGCGAGCAGAUUCAUUGACUAUACCUAUGGAUGUGAUUUUUGCGCUACCUCUUGAUCCUCCGAUGCCUGGAGAGCCAGAACAAGAUAUCGCUACAAAAGAUGAUCAGAUCAAUGCUCUGUUGGUUGCCCUUGAUGUCAACUCCGUAGCCUCACGGAAACCAUCCCUCACUCCCUCCGAAGGCAGCGUAUCUCUUCGACCUCCACCAGAUUAUCCUGUACCUCCCCCACCUCGACGCAAUCCACUCAGAUUGCCUAUGCCUGUAAACACUGCUACUCUGCGUGUAUCACCUGGACCAUCCACUCCCGAUUUUUCUCAUCAUUCGGCAGGAUUUCACCGACCGUCCAGUCCCACCAAUUCCGAUGUCACUUCUAACUUCCCAUCCACACCUGCUGAUUCGAUGAGAGAAGCAUGGAUCCUCCCUCCUAGGGAUUUCUCGUCGAACAUGAUGGAUAGUCGAUCUAGUUCCGGAUCUGGUUUACCUCCCUUGCCCGAAGAUCAUCUACCUACCCACCAAUGGAACGACGCGUUCUCAAUGAGACGUAAUCAAUCUAUGAAGUCAAAGAAUCGAGAUGCCCUAGUUGACCCUUUGGCAGACGGGAAGAGAUUAAAUGCAGCUACGCUGGAAGCAGCAGGAUUGUUGCCUCCUGCUACACCUCCGCCUCAAUCCAUGUCAGCUCAACAAGCUCGAGCUAUGGACAAUUCGAACUCGCAUCAUUCGGUCGCAUCUUACUAUUUCGAAGCGCCAGCCUCACCAUCGAAAUCAGCAUUGUCUCGAGCGACUUCUUCAGGAUCGAUCAACUCGGCACAUCACAAAAACAGACAUUUCUCCAUGAUGACCGACAGUUCCGCCUCAACUGGUCAGUCAGUCAGAGAGAUCAGGUUGAAUACCAGAGAUACUACCACGAUAGAUUUCUCAGAUACCACUUCACUGAUAAGGACCAACACCACUGGUACAGGUGGAAUAUCGACUUAUGAUGGCGCGAGUAUCAGCUCGGGUUCAACGGGGACUAGUAGUAAGAAAGCUGCUAAAGCGGAAUUGAAAGCAAUCAGAGCAGCAGAGAAAGACGCCAAGAAAGCCGAAGCUCAAGCUCGAUUCGAGGCAUUACGAGCUCAACAAGCUAAGAAGAUGGCCAUCUCCCGAGCUGAAGCUCAGAGACAAGCGGAUAUUCGAGCGAAAGAAAAGGAAGAAAAAGAGAAACAAGCCGCUGCGUCGACAAAAGAAAAACCCAAAUCGAAAUGGGGUAAAAUUGGUAAAGGGUUUACAGACGCCGUGCUCUUCCCUGCCGGUGGAUCAAACUCUACCAUGAUUUAG